CCCGCCUCGGUCCCACUAGCGCACGUCGAAAAAGCCUGUAACGCAAUCGCUACACACGCCGGCACGCACGCCUCUUCCAGUUCCCUACCCAUGAUUCCCCUACCCAUACGUCGCUCCAUCCAAUACACAAGUCGCGCUUCCCAUCCCUGGCCACUGGCCAUCUCCUUCCAUGUUGCGUUCACUGGCUUCCUUGCCGACCUGCGUCAUCCACGUGUGCUCGCCCUCCGCCGGAACUCUUCGAUGGCGUCUGAGAGAGGCCCAACCUGACACGCCUCGUGUUCAGGUCUCUCACACCCCGUCGGCAAGACGGUUCAUCGUGUUGUCGAUGGAGGCGACCGCUGAGGUGCAGGAUUCAGAACUCGAUGGCGGCGUAUGGCCCAGGUCUGGUCGCUCAAUGUCGAAGGCGCGCUCGUCUGCACCGUGCAUCGCUACGAGUUUUGCGCCCGCGGGGGGCGUCGCUGUCGCGCUGCUGCGGGCCUCCGGCGGGGUCGUCGAUUGGAGCCGCCCCGACGCCCCCUCGAUGGAGGAGGUGGUCGGGCCCAACGAGGUCGACUUCGUCGCAGGCGACGACACCUUCGCGUUCGGCUCCGGCGCGGGGGGCGCCGCGGUCGCGCUGGCGCGGGCUUCUGACGGGGCCGUCGACUGGAGCCGUCCCGACGCCCCCACGGUGAAGGAGGUGGUCGGGCCCAACGGUUUCGACUUUGUCGCCCACGACGGCAACCUGGCGUUCGGCUCCGGCGUCACGCACUUGUACAUGGUGUGUGGUGGAGAUCAUUGGGCAGGUCAAGCUGCCGUGCUGAGGGUGCGUGGGCAUUGCAAGAGAUGGGGUGACGUUCCAACUCCCAAGAACGAGCUGGGAUGGAAAAAUGAGAAAUUUAGGUGGCAAUAAACCUUGAGACGAUGAGGCGGUGGUGCAAUGUGUUAUCGCUUGUUUCUCUCUCUCUCUCUGAUUCCUCCUGGUAUCUCUCGUUCAUUCCCCCCUUUAUCUCUGCUAAUUAAUGUCUCUCUCCAUGAUUGAGGAUACCAGUCAUUAGAGAUUGCUAUUGCAUGAACGUAGUUUGCUUGCUCAUCGAUCUCCUGGAGUGAUUCAAACCUGCCACUUCACUUGUGCAAGGAACCCAGUAAGAAGUUACAUUUUUAAUUUUUAAUUUUAUUGUUGCUGGUUAGUUUAUUGGUCAUGUAUGCCACAGUGAUAAUUAAGGAUAUACUGCAAGUACCGAGAAACUAAUAAGUUGAUUCAGAACAAAUAGAACCGAUUGAUGAUGGCAACACUCAAAUAUACCCCAUGUGCUUCAAAUGCCUAGAAAUAGUGAGAGUGAUUGGGUUAGCCGCUUCCCAUCUCCAAUGCCAGCAACAUAAAUGAUUGUGAUUCUAACGGGUUCAGAUGCCAUAAUAUGUAUAGAUCUACAACAUAACAACAGACUUAUGCAAGCUAUUUUGACUAUUUACUAAGAAUGUGUGCAAUAGUAAGUUAAAAACAGGAAACCAUAUUUUCUAUUUCCCGUUAAUUAACAUGUCAUCUCAGAAGGUGUGCAAUUGAUGAUGCAACCAACUCAUACCAAAUUUACAAGACGUAAGUAACUAAACUGAAGCACGUCCACUCAUAUAUUAGGACCAUCAAUUUACUUUAGUUACAUGAACGGUUUGAGUUCUUGUUUUUAUGAGAUUCCACGCAGGUAGGGUAUAAUAUACUAUAUCAUGAGUGGAUGAGCAGGAGAGUACUAAAUAAAACUCUCGCAUUGUUGGUUUCUUCUUUUCUUAAUUAAUUUGUAUAUUCGGUUGUAUGCCUCAUAUAUUAUUUCAGGGUCCUUCAAGUUGUCUUAUCGAAACUCAGAGAAUGGACUUAAGAAGAAAUUUCAAAAAUAGGAAUUCUGACAGCUUGAAGGGUUCUUUUCAUAGAAGUUGAAACAGAAGUGGUAGAGGUUUGUCUUGAUCGUACAAGAAAAUUGGCAGAUAACUACACCGGUCUCCAAUAUUUCUUGAUUUUAAGUAAUGGGCGGAACCCGGCUUCAGGCUUGGUUCAUUGCUUUUUGAGUAUCUAUCAGUAGAUUAUGACAGGAAAUCUGUAUGUUGCAAACUGUGUAGGCAAAAAUUAUGACGUAUUUAAGAGCUGAGAGAAUGGUGUCAAAAUGUGGCUGAUUACCUUUCAAAUUGUGUUACAGGAUUCAACGAGUUAUGUGUAUAUAGUAUACUUCCAUGUCUACUUGAUUCUUCUAUAUAGAAUAUGAAUCCAGGUUGUUUGGAA